AUGCAAGCGGUGGGAAGGUUAGGGAGCUACAUUAGUCAAGGCGUAUACACCGUUUCCGGGCCCUUUCAUCCAUUCGGUGGCGCCGUCGAUAUCGUCGUCGUUCAACAACAAGACGGUUCCUUCAAAUCUUCGCCAUGGUACGUUCGAUUCGGCAAGUUCCAAGGUGUUUUAAAAUCAAAAGAAAAAAUCGUUCAGAUCAACGUGAACGACGUCGAUUCUGAUUUACAAAUGCAUCUGGAUAACAAAGGGGAAGCUUUCUUUCUAAGAGAAAUUGAUGCGGAAACUGUUUUAAUUGAUUCAAUUGAAUCUGGUGAUGGUGAAGGUGAUGAUCUCGAUGUUCAAUCUUUAAAGUCUAAAAGUAGUAAUUUCGGUUCUGAGGAUGGGAAGAUUGUAGGGAGGACUAAUUCUAAUUCUCGUCGUUCGAGGAUACUUGGUCUUAUGUUUGGGAGAAGGUCUUUGAGUGGUGAAUUUGAAGAUGCUAUUGGGAAUAAGGAACGUGCUGAGAUUGCUGCUAAUUUGUUGGAUAUUAAGUGGUCGACGAAUAUUGAUGGCGAGAAUAAUGGAGAGGGUGAUCAUGCCGUGGUCGUGGAGAAUGUGGAUGGUUCCUUUGGUGUGGCGAAGGUUGAAAAGAAAUUGAGUGGAGUAGAGGUUUCUGUGGUGGAGGAUGUUGAAGAGAGUUCGAAAGUUGGCAUGGUUUGUUGUUCGAGUGAACAAACUCAUGACGUUAUGUACCUUGCUCAUGGGGAAAGUGGAGAGGUUCAUGUUCAUGAUCAAGUCUUGCAUUCACUCGCAACUAAGGGUAUGGAAAAUGAGGAAGUCGCUAAGAAUGCUGAUGUAGUGGAAGUCUUUGAGUUUCAUUCUAAGGCUCAGCUAAUAAAUUCUUCUGAUUCAGAAGCUAGUAUGUAUGAUGUGGAGGAUGUUGAAGACCUAGCAACAUCUCCAAAACCUCAAACCAACAAUUUGGAUGUAGGACAUUGUUCAAGUGAGAAAUUUGAGUCCUAUUGUGUAGACCUAACAACAUCUCCAAAACCUCAAACAAACGACGUGGAUAUAGGACAUUGUUCAAGUGAAAAAGUUGAGUCCUAUUGUGUUACCAAUCCUUCCAGUUACAACAGCCAGGAUGACCGAGGAUUAUAUGAGAAUAAUAUGAAGGAUAAAGAUGUCUCUAGCACACUAUCAACUCCAUCACACUCUCUUGGCGAUUGUUUACCUAGUGAAAUAUCUAGGAGAUCACUGUCCCCGAGUUCAGAUGAAGAGAAUUUCCUUUUUGGUGACUUUGACGAUAGUGAAGUUAAUGAUCAAUUUGAGGGAUCAUUAAGUCCCAAAUAUAUAGAUAAAGAAGAUAGUAUUUCUUAUGAGAAUGGAACUGAAAACUCAAAAGUGACUUCCUGUCCCAUAGUUAUCCCUAGAAACGAGGAUGCUGGGGAGGAAGAUGGGCGGCACACUGGAUCCUUGCCAAAUAUUUCUUCUGGUAGUAAUAGUAUGUCCCAACAUGUUCGUUAUCCUUUAAGUCAAUCACUGGACUCGACAUUUCCUGGAAGGGAUAACUUGGAAUGCUUAAAAUUAGACGAGUACAAAGAAAAGCAGUUACCUCAUGAGCAGGCAGAUGCCAAAGAUUGCCAAGAUUCUGAUGAACCCAAAGAUACUGCUCUGAAUCUUCCCCCUGGAGGUACAUCAACAGGAAAUUGGAGAAUUUGGCCUUUCUCCUUGAGCAGUUCAGUAUCUAGAGAAUCUUUGCCGCCACUUCCAAAUGAUGCCAAAAAUACUAGUUUUGGCAAUUCUUCAGAGAAUAAGAUUUUCACAGAUGUGAACAAAAUUGAUAGCAAACCCAAUUCAACGAAAAAGAUGGUUAGGGAAACAACUCCAACUUCUGAAGAGAUAGCAUCAUUAAAUCUGAAGGAAGGGAGGAACAUUGUAACCUUCACUUUUUCUACAGCUAUGCUGGGGAAACAGCAAGUUGAUGCUCAAAUAUAUCUGUGGAAAUGGAACGACCGCAUAGUUAUCUCUGAUGUGGAUGGGACAAUUACAAAGUCAGAUGUUCUUGGUCAGUUCAUGCCUUUGGUUGGUGUUGACUGGUCACAGACAGGUGUUGCACAUUUAUUCUCCGCUGUCAAGGAGAAUGGUUACCAACUGCUUUUUCUCAGUGCUCGUUCAAUUUCUCAAGCCUAUAUUACACGACAAUUCCUACUGAAUCUUAAACAGGAUGGCAAAAUUUUACCCGAAGGUCCUGUUGUUAUUUCACCUGAUGGACUUUUUCCCUCCCUAUACCGUGAAGUUAUUAGGAGGGUUCCUCAUGAAUUCAAAAUUGCAUGCUUAGAGAGUAUCAAGGCUCUUUUUCCUUCUGAUUGCAAUCCGUUCUAUGCUGGUUUUGGAAAUAGAGAUACUGACGAAAUCAGUUACCUUAAGGUUGGAAUCCCUUUAGGAAAGAUCUUCAUUAUAAAUCCCAGGGGUGAGAUAGUUGUGAACCGAAGUCUUGACACAAAAUCGUAUACUUCUAUGCAUGCCCUCGUGAACGGGAUGUUCCCCCCAACUGGCUCGGAUGAGCAGGAGGAUUUUAAUUCAUGGAAUUUCUGGAAGCUACCCCCUUCUGCAAUUGAUAUUUGA